AUGGCCAAGUACAACGUGGUGCAGAAGAGCAAGCGCGAGUCCAGCCAUGACCGCAAGCGCCGCGCCCAUGGGGAUCCCAACUCCGGCAAGCUCAAGCACCACAACGCGCCCAUCGCCAUAUCUGGCAAGCGCAAGCGCAAGCUCCUGCGCCGCCUCAACCGGGAUCAGAAGGAGGCUGUGAUGGUUAAGGCGCUGGAGAACAACAUGGGCGACGUCGACAUGGUGUCUGCUGAAACAUCUUCGGAAACUGCAAAGGACAAGUCUCAGAUGAAGUUUAAUGUGAAGAAAAACUCAAGAAUACAGAUCAAAAGAUUGAAAGGCAAAGGUAGAAAGAAAGCCAAAAAUGUGAAGCCGCCAACGAAGGAAAAAGCUGAUGCCAUGGUAGAGUGA